AUGUCAGGAACCCCUACGAUUCUCCAUCUUAUUGCAGACUCACAGAAGCAUGUGGUCACUCCUGCUUAUCCGGCUACUCGGACUCCUGCUUCUAUCAUCACCACCAAAGUUGAUCGGAUCUUAAAAUACUUAAAGUCAGCCCCGGGGAAAAGAUUAACGUUCUCAAAAAAUGGAGAUCUUGAAGUUGUUGGAUAUAUAGAUGCUGAUUGGGCUGGUUCUAUUACAGAUAGACGCUCUACUUCAGGUUACUUUACAUUCGUGGGAGAUAAUUAG